AAUUACGAAAUUGUUUCCGUUACACCGGAAGUUACCCGAGACGUAACUGAUGUAACACGUGGAAAGUUCCGGAUUAAGUAAAGGUCGAUAUAAAAGUGCACACGGCUUAGACAGUCCCAGAGUACCUGCGACACACGAAUCCCAACAUACGACUUAACCAACUUUGUUAUUAAAAAUGCCAAGAGGAAGCAGAAGCCGAACAUCAAGGAUGCCCGCCCCUGCCAGUCGGGCACCCCCUCCACCUAUGGCCAGUGCCCCUGCCCCCUCCCAUGCCCCGAUGCCAAUGCAGGCCCCGCCGUCUGCUGUGGGGGCACCGAUGGCGGCGCCCAGGCAGCCUGGGAUGUUUGCCCAGAUGGCGACUACCGCUGCUGGGGUGGCCGUGGGCUCUGCAGUGGGACACACCAUCGGCCAUGCCCUGACUGGAGGCUUCGGUGGAGGAAGUUCGGAGCCUGCCAAGCCUGAUGUCACAUACCAGGAGCCGCACCAACAGCCACAGUCCAUGUACCAGCAGCAGCCCCAGCAGGAGCAGUCCUGCUCCUACGAGCUCAAGCAGUUCGUUGAAUGCGCCACAAACCAGAGUGACCUGAAACUGUGUGAGGGAUUCAGCGAGGUGCUCAAACAGUGCAAGUUUGCUAAUGGUAUGUCCUGAGACGGAUUCCAGAGUCCUGCAGAGUGAGCAUCACGCGGCGUACCAGAUAGUAGCAGGGUGUCAGUUCAGAGGGAUCAAUCAAUAAACAUGCUUUUUUCGACAGUUGAUUACCACCAGACAACUUCAUUCGUUUGUGAGGAGACUGCUGCAGAGCUUGUAAUCUUAGUCUUAUAAAUAAUGUUUAUAUAUUUUAGUGUGUCAUGUUUUGAGCUAGCGGUAAUUUUCACGGUGUGUUCCUCAGCAUCAGUGCUUUUAAUUUAAAUUUACUCAAGUAACUCAACAUGUGUGAAAUAAAACUCCUGAAACAACAAUGCUCAAACCUGAUCUGUAAUAAAAAAUAAAAAAAAUAAAAAA